CAGCUGUGGCAAGGGCUGCUGCUACCACCCUUGCAGCUGCUACAGGUGUUGGCGCUGGGUCUCAUGCUGGUGCACCCGGUGCCACCAGUCCUGUUUUGCCAGGUGCUUUUCCAGGGGUUUCAGAAUGGCUGGUUGGAAAGGUGGAGACAUUGACAGGGGCGGGGCAGAGGAGAGGAGAGGAAGAGAGGAGAGUGGUAUUGGAGUGGACUCAGGAGUUGGAAGAGGAAGGGGAAGAGGCAGAGAGAGUGUUGAGAGAGAGAAAGAGGGAGAGGAGGGAAAGGGAGGCGAAGGAGAGGGAGAGAGAGGAGGAGAGGAGGAGGAGGGUGGAGGAGGUGAGAAGGAAGAUGGAGGCGGCUAGUGAGGAGAGGAGGAGGAGAGAGGAGCGGGGGCAAGGAGGCGUUCUUGCAGGGAAGGAGGGGAGUGAGGAGCAAGGAGGGAGGAGCGGAUUGGGUGUUGCGGCUGGCGAAAGGAAAGGAGGAGUGAAGAACCAAGAAAGGCCUUCAGGGGUCAAAGUGAAGAGGGAGAAAGUUUCAGCGUCAGGGGGUCGUGAUGCGCAUGAGGGGAAACGAGGUUUGGUGAAAGGGGAAGCAAGGGAAAGUGAGAGCUCAAGUGAGGGAGAGGAAGGUUGGAGUGACAUGGAGGAGGAGGAAGAGGAAGAGGAGGAGGAGGAAGAGGGAGAGGAAGAGGAUGACGAAACAUUGUGGAGUGACGAUAAUGGAGAUGCUAGUAGCGAGGAUGCUGAUGCUCUGGCCGAUAAGGAGGAGGCAGGGAGGAAGAGGAAAGAGGAGGAAGGGAGGAAAGAGAAGGAGGGGAGGAAAAGCCAGGAAGUUGAGAAGGUAGUGGCGGAGAGAGAGGAUGACGCAGAGGGGAUUGACAAGAUGGACUGGGCAAGAGGGGGGAAGGGGGGAGCCAAGGAUGGUGAUGGUGAUGCUGGUAUUGGCAGUGGUGGUGAUGAUGAUGGGGAGGACCUGUGGAGCGAUGUUGAUGUUGAUAGUGAUGAUGCUGGUGAUGGGGAUGGGAGGGAACAGCGUGAUAAGGGGAAGGAGCAGGGGUGGAAUGAGGAAAAGGAUGGGGUAAACGAGCAACACGAGGAGUCAGUUCCUGAGGUGCGUCAACUGUACGAGGAACGGAGUGGGAAUGAGAAUGGGGCGGACGAGAAAAGGGAAGAAUCUGUAUCUGAGGUUACUCAAAAGAAGGAGGAGGAACAGAGUGAGAAGGGGGAUGAGGUUGAAAUUCCAACACCCGCGAUUUUUAAGACACCUUGCAGUAUGAUAGGUUCUUCUUCCCUGGUAGAGACGAUUCGUGAGGUGGUGCAAGAACCGGGCAGCACGAUGGGGUCCCUUCUUCCCUUGGUUGAGGAAGGAUUUGGGAGCAGCGUGGAGGAGGGGAAAGAGCCGGGCAGCAUGAUAAGUUCUCCUUCCCUGGUAGAGGAACGGUGUGGGAGCAGCAUGGAGGAGGGGAAAGGGGAGGAGGAUAUGGGAAGGGACGGGAGGGAGGAGGACGAGUGGAGUGGGGUUGAUGAGGAGGAUGGGGCGGAAGAGGAAGAGUCUGUUUCUGCGGUGCCUCGGAAAAACGAGGACUGUAUUGAGAAAACGGGUCGGUCGAAAGAGCCAAACGAAGAGUCUUCGUUUGAGGUGCUUCAACAGAACGAGGAGGGACAGAGUGAGAAGGAAGAUGGGAGGGAAGAGGAUGAGUGGAGUGGGAUUGAUGAGGAGGACGCACAGGAGGAGGAUCAGGCGGAAGAGCAAAUUGGAGAGCCUGUUCCUGAGGUGCCUCAAACGAUCGGGGAAGGACAGAGUGAGAAGGAGGUUGGGAGGGAAGAGCAAAACGAAGAGGGGCCUCAAAAGGUGGAGGAGGGAGGGAGUGAGAAGAAGGAUGGGAGGGAAGAGGACGAGUGGAGUGGGAUUGAUGAUGAGGAUGCAGAGGAGGAGAAUCAACCGGAAGAGAAAAUCGAAGAGCCUGUCUCGGAGGUGCCACAAAGGAACGAUGCGGGACAGAGUCAGCAGGAGGAUAAGAUGGAGGAGGAUGAGUGGAGUGGGAUUGACGAGGGUGAAGCAGAGGAGGGGGGUGAGCUGGAAGAGCAAAAGGACGAGCCUGUCUCUGAGGUGCCUCAAGCGAUCGGGGAAGGACGGAGUGAGAAGGAGGUUGGGAGGGACGAGCAAAAUGAUGAGGUGCCUCGACAGAACGAGGAGGGACAGAGUGAGAAGAAGGAUGGGAGGGAAGAGGACGAGUGGAGUGGGAUUGAUGAGGAGGAUGAAGGGGCGGAUGGUUUUGACUCUGGUGAUAGCUUGGGGAGUGAAGCGGAGGAAAGUGGGAGUGGGGAAGGCGGUGGUGGAGAGAGUGGGGGUCUGCUUCACGAGCGGCUGGAGGCGGUGUGUGCGGGCUACGCUCUGCACCAGCUCUUAUCGUCCAAACUCUCCCCCUCCGAACCAAGUAACUCCGCACAAGAAUCACAAGAAUCGCAUCAACCACAGCAACCACAGCAGGCGCCGUUACGGCUGGCCGUGCUGUGGCUGCCAGACGCAGGCAUGCCGCACGCCACGCUGAACCACGUGCUCGGGCCUCUGCCUCGCCCCAGCGCGCUCUCCUCUCCGCAAGGCUCCCAGCCGCAAAACGACGGGCAGCAGCAGCAGCAGCAGGGGUCCGCAGCAGCAGACGGGUCAUCCUCCGGUGCAGCUGACCCGUCUGAUGAGACUCUGGUGCUGCUGCAUCACCCCAGUUGGCUCAACUCGCCGCUCUACACCUAUGGGCUGGAAGCAGCGGAGCUAUUCGCCCUCUCAUCCGCGCAGGGGCUCAUUCACCUGCAGCACUCCCCCCAGGCGGACCUCAUCCGCGCGCGCGCGCAGGCCUCCGCCAGGGGCAGCUCCCCCCGCAUGCGCGAUGUGCUAGUGGCGCCAGAGAGCUUCCCCCGGGGGGAAACGCCACCAGGGAUAGGGGGGGAUAGGGGGAGUGGCGGGAAGGUGGGAGGCGAGGGGAGGGAGUUUGAGGAGGAGAGGGGGUUGUGCGAUGCGCCGAAGAUACUGCCUGUGACAGAGCACCGCAUUGGAAGGCAACUCAUUGUGGAUGGUACGUCCACUAUGGGUCCAGUCCGGCUGAGGGAGCACUCUUCAGGUGACCUAACCUGCUGCCCCACCACCCCUCCUUGCUCCCAUUCCCGCGUUUUCCUCCCCCCACCAGAGGACGUGGGCAUGGUAUACUGUUACGUGCAGAAGGCGGGGUGCACGAGCUGGAAGUUCUGGCUGCGGGAGGACGUGGGCAUGGUGUACUGCUACGUGCAGAAGGCGGGGUGCACGAGCUGGAAGUUCUGGCUGCGGGAGCAGCACCACCACCCCUUCCCCAAGUCCUUCCUCUCCGCCCACACCGCCCACUUCACCAACGUCACUGCCGUCUGGUACUCCCUCACCGAGCCACAAGCCAUACGCUCCCUCACACGACGAGACUUCACCCGCUUUGUGUUCCUCCGGAACCCGUACACACGCGUUCUGUCCGCGUAUCUAGACAAGAUGCUUCGCGGGGGCGGCCCGGAUGAUCUCGGGGCAGGAUUCUGGGCGCAGGCGUUUUUCGGGCAGCUGAUCACGCACUCCUUAUGGGAUGCUGCCACGUUUCGGUCGGGCCCCGGAACUGCCCGGCUGCGGAGCAUCUGGGAGGUGAUUCAGCUGCGGACGGGGUUUCGAAUCACGUUCGAUGAGUUUGUGGGUUAUCUUGGAGAGGCGUGGGAGAUAGAGAGCCGGUUUCACCUAGAUGUGCACAUAGUGCCGCAGACGCUGCUAUGUGCGUUGGACCGGAUCAAGUAUGACUUUGUGGGGAGGUUUGAGAGCAUGGAUGAGGAUGUGAUGACGCUGAUGAGGCGGUUUGGGAGGGAGCCUGGCGAUGCGUUCAGCUUCGGGAAGAAGCUUCAGAAGACCAAGUCGCGGGGGCGCUUGAGCGAUGCGUUCGGCAAUAAGAAAACCUUUGACACGCUAGCGCCCGUGCGUCCCUCUCGGGCAACUGCCCGCGUCUGUGCUGCACGUGAUGCGCCAACUGACUGCUGUGCUGACAACACUAACGUCCAUGCUGGCAACAUCAACGGCUGUGCUGACGACACUACUAACUGUCAUGCUGGCACUAACGGCCAUUCUGGCAACACCAACGGCCAUGCUGACAACACUAACGGUCAUGCUGACUCUGCUGUGCUGGAAGGAGCCUAUGGAGGAGCGACUGUAAAUGGAUUGCAGACGGGCGCUAUCCGCCUGCUCAUUCCACCUGCAGUGGCCCUGCUGCCUGGCUGUCUUGAGCCGAAUCAGGGUGGUUCUGUUGCGGGCCAAGGGUUGGUGACGCGGCAAGGCUUGAUGGUGGGUGGAGAGAUUGACGGGAAUAUGCAUGGGCGAGAGAGCAGCUGCAGCUGUGACGAGCCUGCGGAGCUGCAACAGGUGGAAGGCGGAGCAACAGCAGCAGCAGGGACGAAUGGUGGGGGUGGAUAUGGCUUGGGUAGAGCAGACACGGUGGGUGGAGGAAGGGGAGGGAGUGGAGGAGGAGGGAGUGGAGGUGGAGGUGGAGGAGGGGGAGAGACAGGAAGAGAUGGUGCGACUUCACUUGGUUGCGGUGGGGAGGCAGACGAUCAGAGGGUGCUGGCUCAGCCGCCGCUCCAUAUUCUGCAGUCCGUGCGGCCCGAGCCUCUCAACGGCUACAGCGAGCACGGCCAAGAGGGGUCGGCUGGCGGUAUGGCACCUGUGAUCCACGGCAUGCUGCUGGCGCAUCCAACGGCUGAGAAGCCUCAGGAGCUGGAGUGGGACGAUCUGAUCGGUCGGAUCGAGGCGGAGAUUGAGAAGCCCCAGGCGAGCUCGUGUGUGGAUGGCGAUUCGUCUUUGAUCGCGAGGCAGGACAGCCAGAUAGUGACAAGCAGUGAGGGAGCCGUCUCUCCCAACGAUGCUGGGGCUCCCAAACGUGAGGCAGGCAAGGGCAAGGCGAGGCGGGUGGUGCAGAGGAAGCGGCCGGCUAACAGCACGUCCAAGUUCAGAGGGGUGACUCACCACUGCCGCACUGGGCGGUGGGAGGCGCACAUCUGGGAGGAGGGGCGGCAAGUGUAUCUGGGAGGAUUUGAUUCUGAAAAACAGGCAGCGCUGAUGUACGACAUAGCAGCACUCAAGAUGAGGGGCGAGGACGCACAGACAAACCUCCCGCCUGAGGAGUAUACCAAAUACACCAAGGAGAUAGAGGCUGUCCCCAAGGAGGAGCUCAUUCUGCUGCUGCGGCGCCACAGCAAGGGCUUUGCUCGAGGCACUUCCAAGUACCGAGGGGUGACCAAACACCAGAAGGGCCGGUGGGAAGCGAGGAUUGGCCACGUGGAGGGCAAGCGAUACGACUACUUGGGAUUGUUUGACACACAGGAGCAGGCUGCCAUGGCUUAUGACAGGGCUGCUGUGAGGCAGAGGGGCCAGCAGGCAGUUACCAACUUUGAUCUGGCCAUGUAUGCAGAUGACAUUCGCGAGUUCAACCUCAUGGCACAGCGCCUGCAGCAGCAGAGGGCGAUGCAAGCUCACUCCAUCGUUCUGCACCACACUACCAGCGCUUUUGAGCCGAGGGUUUUCGACGCACCGCAACACACUACGAGCGCCUUUGAGCCGAGGAUCUUCGACGCGCCGCAACACGCAAGCAGUGGCAUUGAGCCGAGGAGCAGCGGGGUGGAGCAGCACAGGAGGAUGACUCCUUUCUCAGGCAGUAUCCCCAGAUUCCACAGUUUCACCACCUCCCCUGGUCAGGUGCCUUGUCAGGUAACUGGUAGUGUCCUUCUGUCUCCCAGUAACCCUCCUCCUGCUUCCAAGAGUAACCAUACUGUAACCACCGACACGCCAGUACCUGCUGCUGCAAAUGCUUUUCACGGCCUCAGCAGCAGUGGAAGCGGAAGUUUCCUGGCAGCUGCUGACGUCAGCUGCUCGUCCUG